CGGUGGAGCUGUCCUCGUGCAGGUUGGCAUCUGCUGCUUCUCCCAGCUUUGUGGCUUUGAUGGGCACACACGGAGACCACAUCCAAGCAUCUGUAGCUGGCUUGCGUUUGAGUGUGAAUGUGCCAAGUACCAUAAAUACAGUCUCUGUGGAACGAGCUCAACAUCUGCUAACGGGCAGUUUGAAUCGAUGAUUUCACAAAGUAAAAUAAACCCAAGGUAAAACGGUUUCCCUCGCGGCCCGCGUAAGGCAGAAACAACCUCCUCCAGCAAGCACGAAGCCGGGCUCCCCUCAGCGCCGGACAAGGGGGCGGUCGCUCCCCUGAGGGCGGCACAGGCCGGACCCACUCGGCUUUUCCCCGGGCGGCGGCGGGGCCUCGCCGGCCUCGGGGCCGGGCUGGGCGCCGCAGUUGCUAAGGCUACGGCAGCCCCGGCCAAGGGGCGGCUGCGCGGGAGCGGGCGGCGGCCGUGAGGCGGAGGCGGCCCGGGGGACCCCGCGGCUCUGCCCGUGCUCCGGGGGCUGCAGCCGGCCGCCAUUUGGCGCCCGCUCGGGUCUUCCGCGCAGCCUGGGCGCCAAUUGUUGUGGUAGUGCCUGAGGGGCUCAGGCGCCUGCUGGAGCCGGGCUGUGAUAUGGGCAAAAAUCUUCAUGUAAGAAGACAGUAGAUACUUGGGAGGAUAAUAGAUGUUGAGGCAAUUCAGUAGUUAUGGCAAAAGAUAAGAAGAAAGAUGUCAAGAAGUCAGAAAGGUCCGUACGUCCUUCUAUUGCUGAACAAGGUGCCAGAACUGAGAGUAGUUCAAUAAAGCUAACAGAUUUACAGGAAGCACAGACAAGCGCAGCAGUAUCAGAUAAAGAUCCAGAGGAGGUAGAAGAACAUCCAGUCCAAAAUACUCCGCAAUACUAUGAUGAGCCUGUUCUUACUCAGCUUAUUGUAAAAAGCUAUGAAGGUGAAAAAGUCCAUGGAUUGUAUGAGGGUGAAGGUGUUGCAUAUUUUGAGGGAGGAAACACAUAUAAGGGCAUGUUUUCUGAAGGAUUUAUGCAUGGACAAGGGACUUACACAUGGGCUGAUGGAGUGAAGUAUGAGGGAACAUUUGUUAAGAAUGUGCAGAUGUUUAAUGGAUGCUAUACAUGGAGUGAUGGCAGCUAUUAUGAAGGAUCGAUCGAGAAUGGACUUAGGCAUGGAUUUGGCUUUUUCAGGAGCAGUACCCAUCCAGUUUAUUAUAUUGGUUACUGGUAUAAAGGCAAAAGACAUGGAAAGGGUACCGUUUUUUAUGAUUGGGAGCACACCUCUUGGUAUUCAGGUGACUGGGUAAAUAACAUCAAAGAAGGAUGGGGAAUGAGAUGCUAUAAGUCUGGCAAUACCUAUGAAGGUCAGUGGGAGAAAAAUGUACGUCAUGGAAGAGGAAGAAUGAGGUGGUUGACAGAUAAUCAAGAGUAUAUUGGACAGUGGGUGUAUGGCAUACAGCAUGGAUAUGGCACCCACAUAUGGUUUCUGAAGAGAAUGCCUGCAUCUCAGUACCCUUUAAGAAAUAAAUACAUAGGGAAUUUUGUAAAUGGGGAACGACAUGGACGUGGGAGGUUCAUCUAUGCCAGUGGAGCAGUGUACGAUGGCGAAUGGGUUUGUAAUAAGAAGCAUGGCAAGGGCAAGUUUGUUUUCAAGAAUGGGAAUGUUUAUGAAGGAGAGUUUAUAGAUGAUAAUAUGGUAGGAUAUCCUGCUUUUCAAGUGGGUGAAAUGAAUGCACAAGAGUUGAAUGCCAUUUGCACAGGAAGUCAUUUUGGCACUGAAACCAUUGAAAUCAUUAGCAACUCAGAAAAUCCUUCUACUCUGGGAUCAGAUAUUGAAUUAGAUGUAUCUUCACUACUUGACUUGUUGCCAGGGGAAGAGAGACAGGAAGAAAUGAAACAAGUAGAAUUUGCUGUGUUGAGACAUAUUACAGAACUGAGAAGAAUUUACAGUUUCUACAGCAGCUUAGGCUGUGACGAUGCUCAUGACAACACCUUCCUUAUGACUAGACUCCAAUUUUGGAGAUUUCUGAAGGACUGCCAGCUUCAUCACUCCAACAUAACUCUCGCUGAAAUGGAUCGAAUAUUGAGUGGUGAUAAAACGCCACUUGAGGAGAUACAUUCUCCAUAUGAGACUUUACUCUUCAGAACGUUUUUAUCUCGCCUUAUUCAUCUAGCAUUUCAUAUCUAUCAUAAGGAGCACAAGGACAAAGGUCUUUAUCUGAGUAAAUGUUUUGUAGAAAUGGUGUCCAGGAAUGUUAUUCCCACUGCAUGUCAUAUCCAGGGUAUCCUGUUUUCUGAACAGCGUCGUACGGUUUUUGUCCUGAGCUACAUAGACAAAUGCUGGGAAAUAUACAGAACUUUUUGUAGACCAAAUACUAGACCUCCAUUUGAACCCACAAUGAAAAUGAGGCAGUUCCUUUGGAUGUUGAAUGAUUUUAAACUUCUCAGCAAACAAUUAACUGCUUCGAGACUUGUGGAAAUACUCGUCAAAGAUGGUCCAUCUCUACAUGACAGCAGUAGUAUCAACCUGGAGCAGGAGUUGGUUUUUCUUGAAUUUGUUGAAGCUCUUCUCGAUUGUGCGCUGGUGUAUGUUACCAAUGAUAUGAUUAAAGAGCAGGUAGAUCAUGAUAAUCAGAAGAAAAGUAACUCCAGAGUUGAGGUUUUCUCCAAGAAAACCACAAAUGUUUCUCUGUGUCCAGAAUAUUCUCUCUCCCAGUACACUUACAGCAGAAGCAUAAUGGGUACAGACAUAAACGAUGACAUUUCUGAGGCAGUUGAGUUCAACAGUUCCUCAUGGUUGUCUUCAAGCGAAAGUGUCAUAUCACAAGAUGACAUAAAGAAGCAUGAGCCACUGAGAUCCAAUGAAGACAGAGGGCAGUCUCUGCAAGAAUUUCUAAUGGUACCAGAUCCUGUCCUCUCAUUCCACACAAGUCAUGGAGAAGUCAAAGCUGUUUGUUCAUUGUCCAGCUGGGAUACAGACAAAGGACAAAAUCUCUUUCCAGCAGUGGAACUGACAGAUAAACUAGAAGCCAAAACUGGAAAAGACAAGGAAUUUGGUCAGUGGAUGUAUCAGGUGCAAAUCUUUUUUAUAAAAAACUUCUUUCCUGCCUACCAUCAUGAAAAAGCACUGAGGGAAAAAAUAAAAGAAAAUCGAAUACAGGAUGCUGAGUUAGCUGAGCUGAGAAAGAUGAAGGAUGAGGAGCUGGCAAAGCUUAUUGCUGAAAGAGAAGCAGCAGAGGCAAAAAGGCAGGAAGAGGCCACAGUUGAAAAAGAAUCUUCUGAGUCCAAGAAUACAGCUAAUAAAGAGUUAGAGGAGCCUGGUGCACAGUUAGUACCUCCUCCAAAGGAAGAGGCAUCUGUUAUACCACCCCCUGUUGUUACCAAGGUGCCUGCAGGUGCAAAGAGAAAGAAGAAGUAAAUCCUCUGAUGAGGCCUGAAGCUUCAAGUAUAGGUCAAGUUUUACAUUGUACUGACUACUGUGCGACCCUGUGGAAUGGACUACAUGUGGAACAUGUCCCCAAAAAUAAAUUCACUCCUCUCAAAUGUUUUGCCCUUGAGGGAAGAAGGAGUAGAUGGUGACAGUUAUUAAGAGGCUACCUUCCAUAAUGUUGUAGGUUUCCUGGCAUUUCAGCACGUAUUGGAGAAUCUCUUCCUGCUAACUGAAGCAAAAAAGAACACAAGAAAAAAACAGCUUAGAGGUAUUUUCUGUUACUCUUUUGUAGGCUGUCUUUAUAUCAUAUUAUAUAUAAACCAUUGCAGAAAAUAACGCUCAUGAAGAUAUAUACUCUUUGUGUAACAUGAUGGAGACAAAGCUAAAGAGAUGCUGACAGAACAGAACAUUCUGAUUUUGCAUUUAUUACUUUGGAGCUUUGCUGGGGGUGGGGAAAAGGAUAACUAACUCCAUGUGGUCUUGAACUCCAUGUUCUGUUUAGCCAUUAGGCUGAUGUGAUUUGUUUGCAAUACUGAGUAUGGUCAGGACUACAAAGUAGGGAAGUAUCUUCAUUAUGCAGGUAUGAAACACAUCUGAAUGAAUUCUUCAAAGUGACAUACAGGGAAGGCAGGUCUGUUCACCUUAUCUGCUGCAGUCAAGUUCUACAUUAGCAACACACACAUUAGCUAAUCCCUCACUUUUCAUUUGCUGUGCCAAAGCACAGCCUGUACUUCAAAUUAUGAGGCUGUGCCACACACUUUCUACUACCUGUUAAUAUUUACAUCUGCCACUUAAGCUCACACACACAAAAAAUCCUCACUGAAGUAAACAGUUCUGUGUUUACAUGAUUUUUCUUCUUAGAAGAUAUUCUGCACUAUUCUCUCUGUUUUGUUGUUAGUUAUUGUGAGAACUAACUCAAACAGUUAGCACCUGUUACCUAUGUUGCCAUAGUCUUCUCUGGGAAUGAGAUCCCUUGCUAUUCUUAGCAUCAAAAUUUAUAUCCUAAGGUGGAAAAACUCAAAUCAAACAUAGGGUUUCCCCUUUUGUUUGUGAACAUCAUGUAGCAGCUAAUUAAAUUGCUACAAAUACAUUUUUUCAAGUUCAGGGAACAAUAAGCUUUCCCCUCUCCAGCUUCAUAUGCUAAUCCAUGGAAGACUGAAACAAACACCCUAAAUCAAAUGUCUUCUUUUUGUAAAGCUCACUAAAAGCUAUAAGAAGCUUGCCUGAUUCAGUUACAGGAGAAGAAAAAGUCCUGUCAAUAAGGCUCGAUGACUUCUGAAAUUCACCUUAAGCAGUGUGAAAGUUCUAUUCAUCAAGCACUGAGCUGGACAAAGACUCAGAGGCCAAUUACUAGGUAUUUGUGCAGCUUAAGGAGUUUCUACAAUGUUGUAUAUCAAAAUUGGUGUAUUUGAGCAACACUUUAUUAACUGGAAAACCACACACAAUUUACUCAAUUACUUUAAAAGCUUCCACGGCUUCGAUCACUAACAUUGCACACCUUUAAUAGACCCAAAUGCACGUUUUUAAAAAAAAUUUUUUUUAAAUAAUACUUCCAUUAAAAUGCUCUUUUUUCAUGAUAAUGGAAGUAUAUUGGAAGAGCAGUAAGCUUAUUUCAAUCCCACUGUCCACUACUCAUAAAAGAUUCAGGUCUACCCAGCUCUGCCUCGACCACUGUAGGCUUUUGCGAGGGUGACAGUCAAGAACAUGCAGAGCAUUCACUUUUAAGUUUGAGCAGGUCUCCACUGGUGCUGUAAGGAGUCAUCAGGUAUCAACACUUAUGAAAUUCCCUAUCAGGGACCCUUACUCGAAUUAUGAGAGGAAUUCAUACUGUAAGUGAUAGGUACAAACAUUACUGAGUUUAGUAGAAUGCAGCCAAAGCAAUACAUCUCAGGCAUUCCUAAACUGAAUUUUAAGGUGGGUAUGGGAAAAGAGAUGCUCCUCUUUGGUAUUUUAGGCUUUAGCAUUGCAAAAUAGACAGAAGGAAAAAGAACAAACACUCCCACUAUGAUACCUCAGGCUCCAUGUGUCUUGGAAACAGAGAUGUUGUGAGAUAUUUGUACAAAAUUCUCAUGUCAUCUUGUUCCAGUCCACUCCUAGAACAUCAAGUAGAGCAAGUGCUGUUUGUCCUGCAGUGCUCAAAUCACACAUUUUCCCCCAACCACAGGCAGCAAAUCACACAUGAAACUAGGGUAGCAACAUUUCAGUGUCUCAGUAGAUUCAGUCCCAGAAUAUUCAUUUUUAAUAGAAUGGGGUUUGUUUUCAGGAAACAAACUAACAUCCAUGUUUGCUGUAAAAUACAAGUCAUAUCUUCUGCUACUAACUCAUAUUUGAUGUCAUAAUUACAUAAUGUAAGUACAAAGUAGUGGAAUUUUUUUUAAAGUCUUUCCAAAAAAAAACUCACAAGAUUUCUCAUCCUGAAACACAGUGCAAUUCUCUUAUGAUUUCCUCACACCCUUUGAAAAAUAGAAUGUUUAUCUGCGAAUGAAGCAGUAUGCCUUGAACAACUGUGUCACGUCAGUAAAUGCCCCCUAGAUUAGCUGAAAAGUUAAGUUAGCAUUGAUUUUGCAAACUUAAAUACUUGUCUUUGUUAAAAA